UUUCACACAUCGCAUUGGAGUUAAGAGUUGAUCGCUUGAAAGUUGAAAGGCUUGAGAAGAAAGAGAGAGAAAAGAUGGGAGGGAAAGCGAGGAAGAGGAGAGAGAAAAACUACCUAGCUGCUCAUGGCGGCAACAAACUCCUCCCGCCGCCACCCAAUACUUCUUCAAUUGACGCUUUGCCCUCUAAACUUCGCAAACUCAUGUCUCUUGUUUCCUCUCCCGCCCCUACCCGUCAAGGGUCUGCAAUUGAUUUGGGAAAUACUCAAAGGAAGAGCAAGAAAGAGGACAUCACUGAAAAUAAACCUCUCCCAAAAAUUAAGAUGGACGGUAAAAGCAGGGGAAUUGGAAGUACAAGAAUGCCACAAGGAACAGUGAUUACUGAUGCAAAUGACGAGAAAAAGAAUAAGAAAAGAAAGAGAAAGCAGGCAAAGGACCUCCGGUUUGAAACGGAGCUGGAAAAGUUGGACGGCGUUUCAACAAGAAAGCAGCGGAAAAAAGAGUUUCUAAAAGCUAAGAAAAAGAAACAAAAGAAAAGCAGUUCAGAGCAUAAUCUUGACCUUCCGAAACAUGAUGAAGUCAAAUUUGGAGAGGUUGCUGAAGCUCCACCAAAGUUGACAAUUCCUGCAUUCAAGAAACCUAUGGAUGCUUCACUUGAGAGGCGACGUUUGCUGGCUAUUGAGGCCUAUAGAAAUCGUAAAGGGUGGACUAGUAGACCGGGAAUUCAUCUUCCUCCUGUGAGCUCAUCAUCCCCAGAUUUUGUUUGAUAUCUGCUAUACCGUGGCCACUCUUUUUUUUCUUUUUUUUGUGGUACUAAGACAAGACUGUGUUUACUGUCUGUAAGAACAUUUUAGUGCAUUCUAAUAGCCGGUUAAUUGCAGAUUUUA